AUGCAGACAGGCAUGGGCCGGCCAUGGAAGGAAGGCAUGGAUCUGUACGAAAGCAGGACAAACCCUGGGUUCAACAAGGAGUUUGACAAAACUGUGGAGACAGUGUCCAAGGUCGAGAGUGGGGAGGCGGAGCCUGGCAACUUCUUCCCGGGGAGUUCCGUGGAGACCGUGAUGGAGGUGGGUGACCUGUCUUACGUGGACGUCCUCUUCCUCAGUGAGGCCCAGAUCCAGAAACACUGCAAGGCAUCCAGCAAGGCGCUGGAUCUGCAGCUGGAGGAGCGUCAAGCCGAGGAUGGGUCCGGACCCAUCUGGGGUGUGCCCCGUGGCCUUGAAAGUGAGUACUUCUCCUGCGAGGAUGUACCGGAGGAUGUCAGUUUCGCGGAGUUUUGGGGCUUCCGCAAAGUUCGCUUGUUCAACAAGACCAGCACGGUGCACCAGAAGAUUCACUUGACACCGGACAAGCAGCUGCGGCAGCUGCAGGGGAAGGACCUGCAAGCCUAUGUGGACUCAAAGCGAAAGCGGCAUCCAGGAGCUACGGUAGGGAAGCAGCUGCCGACGAUCAGCAGCAAGAGAGCCCGAGCGGAACUUCUUGAUUCCCGCAAGCAAGCAAAGAGUGCUGCUAUGGCGGAGCAGAUGAUGCAAGCCGGGCACAACGCGAAGACAGAGCCCGACGAGCCGCUAGAAGUGGUGGACAUGGAGAAGGUCCAGCGCCUCAAGCAGUUCAGUGUGGGCGCUGUCGAGGUGGAGGAUGAGCAGCCAUCUAUGUCCAGGAAGAAGCGGCGCCAGGCACGGAAUGGGCCAGCGUCAGCAUCCCAGACCAUGACCAAGCGGGAGAAAGCGGACAACAGCAUGCAGCUACUCCCCGUGGAUGAGAUCACUGCGCAGAUGAAGCACGACGCUGCAUUGCUGAAGGUGUCGCUGCAGCUUGGAUGGGUCCCCGACUGCUUCUAUGGUUUGGACCCAGACAAAGCCCUCAACGGGGGGGCGAAGCUGGGCAACCAGACUUUCCAG